AUGGUCUACGCUGGAAUUCCAAAUAACUAUACGGGAUCCCCAUCCUCGUAUGUGGCGCCGUCAUUGACAAUUAAUCAUGAAGCCACUGUGGAUCUCGAUUCGUCCAAUGCAUUUGAAGGGCCUGAAAAACUUCUAGAAGUGUGGUUUACUGCGUCUCCGGAAGAGCUCGUCAACACCCCGGUACCCAAUGGCCUCAAGGCCGUGUCGUCGGACAUCUGGAAAGGCAUGCUUGAUCUGGUCAACUGCCAAGUACUUUCAAUCGUCGAAUCCGACGAUGUCGACGCCUACCUCUUGUCCGAGUCCAGCAUGUUUGUCUUUCCUCACAAACUGAUCCUCAAGACCUGCGGUACCACCACCCUUCUGCAUGGGCUGCCUCGCAUUCUCGAAAUUGCUGCGCUUUACGCCGGGUUCCCAAAGUCAAGCCCUCCAUUGGUUGGCGGGAUUACAACUGCGACUGCUCCGUACCGUGUCUUUUACAGUCGCAAGAACUUCUUGUUCCCCGAACGCCAACGUGGACCUCAUCGAAGCUGGAGGGAUGAAGUCAGGGCCAUGGAUAAACUCUUCUUGGGAGGAAGCGCCUACAUGAUUGGCAAAAUGAACGGUGAACAUUGGUACCUGUACCUCACUGACCCGUUCACUUCCCUGACGCCCCCUGCGUCCCCCACCCACGAAACCGACACCAAAUUGAUCAAUUUCCCGGGAUCCCUCGAGAAUGGUGUUACGAAGCCCAAACAAUGCGAGAAUGACGAAACAUUGGAGAUAUUGAUGACUGACUUGGACGAGGAGAAUUCCAAGCAAUUCUACCUCGAUCAUGCGAGUGCGGUCGCAGAAAGUCGUUAUCGAUAUCAACACGAGGAAGAGGACGACGACCAUGUCGACGUUUUCAGCAACACGUCCUCUAACAACAGCGAUGUGGGCUCGGCUAGCCACUCGCUGCCCUCGGAGCUGUCCAGCGAAGGCCACGCCCUCGGCACCGUGGUUAGUGAAUCCUGCGGACUAGCCAACAUGUAUCCAGCCGACAAGCACCCAGACUCUCGAAUCGAUGCAUACCUGUUCUCGCCCUGCGGGUUCUCCGCCAACGGAGUCAUCCCAUCGAACAACGGUAAAUCAGGAACCCACUAUUUCACCGUCCAUGUGACUCCAGAGCCUCACUGCUCUUAUGCAUCGUUCGAGACCACCGUGCCACAGGAUCAAUCUGGCCGUGAAACCGCUGAUAUUGUCAGCCAGGCCGUGGACAUCUUCAAGCCUGGCCGUUUCACCGUCACGUUGUUCGAGGCAAAGCCGUCUCCCAAGGCGAACGUAGAGGAUCUCAGCCAACCCGCCGAAAUGCGCCGUCUUGCUCGUCAUGCUGCACGUCUCAAUGGCAAAAUGGAAAACAUCCCUGGAUAUCGCCGCGUUGAUCGUAUCGUCCAUGAACUCGAUGGAUAUGAUCUUGUUUUCCGUUACUACGAGCGCCAUGACUGGCGAGGCGGAGCUCCACGGAUUGGAGAGAACUACCUUUAA